UGGCGGGCAGAGGUGAAGCUGUCAGUCGUGUGAUAGUGGUCGCGAGGUGUGACAUCGGCGUGAGCCCGCGGUUACGGCAGAAUCUCACGUGUGCGUCAAUUAAAAUCGCGACCAAAUGGUGGUUAAAGAGUAGUCGCGAACGCGAUAACGUUGAAUGGAUCCGACGUUGUCCUGGUUCCAGCCAGAACAGGAGGGACCCGCAAAGCAAUUGUGGCUGCGGUUGUGGCAGACUCAACAAGAACUCGAUACGGUCAACCUGAAGGAGGGCGACGCCGACCAAGUCGACUCCGUCAACAAUCAGAACCAGAAGAAUCUGGGCACCAUGAACGGGAAGAACGAUAAAAAUAUAAUGUUCGCAUCGCGUAACCGUAAGGUCGAGAAUCGCGCGAGCACCCGAGGGUUUUACGGCAAUCCAGACCAUUAUACGUCGCAAUACGGCGGCACCGUUUGGCGGAGGAGGGAUUUUAUCUAUUCUAAAGGUGUCGUGGGAUUACACGAAGAAAUCCAACAUUUUUGUGAAUAUAUGUCUCCAUCUGAAGUCGAACAUCGAAUUAGAGGCGAUGUUAUACAUCGGAUAGAAAAAAUCAUCCAGUCUUUAUGGCCGGAAGCUAAAGUCCAGGUUUUUGGAUCCUACAGAACCAACCUUUACUUACCCACUAGUGAUAUAGAUUUAGUAGUUAUUGGGAAGUGGACAAACUUACCAUUAAGAACGUUAGAAAAGGAGUUCCUAAAUCAAGAUAUAGCGGACGCGAACAGUAUAAAAGUGUUGGACAAGGCGUCAGUGCCAAUAGUAAAACUAACGGACAAAAAGACGGAAGUGAAGGUGGACAUCUCUUUCAAUAUGUGCAACGGCGUGAAAUCGGCCGAACUGAUCAACCAGUACCUCCAGGAGUAUCCGGCGCUCCGCAAACUUGUCUACGUGCUGAAACAGUUUCUGUUACAGCGCGAUCUCAACGAAGUGUUCACCGGCGGAAUCUCUAGUUAUAGUUUAAUACUGAUGUGCAUCAGUUUCAUUCAAUUGCAUCCGCGGACAGACGCCCGUCUUAGAACUGCCAAUCUCGGCGUGUUACUCAUAGAGUUCUUCGAAUUGUACGGUCGCAAGUUUAACUACAUGCAGACCGGGAUUCGGAUACGCGACGGCGGUCGGUAUAUCAACAAGGACGAGAUGCAGAAGGAUAUGAUUGAUGGCCACAGACCUAGUUUACUUUGUAUAGAAGAUCCUUUGUUACCGUCUAAUGAUAUUGGUAGAAGUAGUUAUGGAGUAUUACAAGUAAGUUUUUUUUUUUUGUUUUAUUCAUUUAUUUCAUGCAAGCGCCAUUAA